AUGACAUCCUUCUCUCUCAUAAACCCUCUUUCUGCCAUCUUUUUGGCAUUGGUUUUGUUCCAAGCAUGUACUGCUUCAGAGAUCAGCAACGAUGGUCUCAAAAAACGCUCUGCCCUAUAUCCCGACAUGAAUAGCAAGAUCGCAAACACUCCUUACUACAACAUUUCUGAAGGCACCUAUUGCCAUGUCUCUGGUUCCAACCUUUGUGUGUCUCCUCAAGUCAUUGCCAUCUGUGCCAACCACAGUACUGUUCUUUUGAACUGCCCCACCGUCCUUGGGUAUCCCAGCGACCAGGGUGCCUCUUGCAUCGCCACGGAACCUUAUUAUGGUCUUACUCGCGGUCUGUGUCAAAUCGGUGCCUCUAACUCUUCUGGAACUAGCAAUUCUUCCAAUUUUGACACCAAAUCUUCUUCCCCUAGCAAGAGUUCCAAGAAGAGCGCCUUACCCAAGCUCUCUUUAAGCUACUCCAAUGUCGUUGAAAAGCCUCUUCUUUUCGCUCGUGAUUCUCUUGAUCAAUGGGCUUGUAAUAAGACUUACUGCAACGAAGAGUAUCCCCAUCUUGUCAAUACUUGCUUCAACGGUACCCAAUACCCAGUCAAUUGCAACAACGCUUUGCGCACUGCUUAUGGCGGUGCUACUUGCCAAAACAUUGGUUACGAAAAUCAAGGUAUUUGCGUCUAUACAAACAAUAGCCGCGCCCUUCCCAAAUUAAAUGCAAGCAAUUCUUCUUCUUCCUUUAUCAACCUAAACAAGACCUCUCUCUACCGUUACCGCAAUGACGCUUUCAUCUGGUAA